GUGAAAGUGCAAGUUGCCAUUUUUUCGAGCCAUUUUUUUUUUUACAUGAGUUUAUGCGACCAAAGGCAGAGUGUGAGUUUUUACCCGGUCUUUUGCUAUUGUUCGUUUUACGGCGAUGUGCUAGAAAUAUUGUAGAGGAACGUUUUAGAAACGCGGGCUUGUUUUACACCGGGUUAGCUCGGCGCUUCACUUCUCUGCAGAUAGCUGCUUAGCUGUUAGCUAACGUUAGCGCCUCCUGUAAACAAACACAACUGUCUGCAAAGGCACAGCAGCUUCCUCCUGCUGGUUUUCCUCGCCGCAUUUCUCUUUAAUUUAGUCAUUUGAGAGCGGCAACAACGUUAGAAACACAGCUCUCUGUUCAGAGCACAAAGCUCUGAUGCCGAUGAUCUGCGAGUUAAGCUGCGCAACUUCAGUUUUGAUGACUGUGCGAGCGCCUUCAAAAUAGCUCGGAGCUCAGUUGCUUUGGAGCAGGUCGGGGUCAGUUUAUACUGGGAGCGGGAACAGAAGAAGCGGUCGGCAUGUCGUCCUUCUCCGAGUCGGCCCUGGAGAAGAAGCUGACGGAGCUGAGCAGCUCCCAGCAGAGCGUCCAGACUCUGUCUCUGUGGAUCAUCCACCACCGCAAACACUCGGGCCUCAUCGUCAAAGUGUGGCACCGGGAGCUGAAGAAGGCUAAAAGCAACAGGAAGUUGACAUUCCUGUAUCUGGCAAAUGACGUCAUCCAGAAUAGCAAGAAGAAAGGACCCGAGUUCACCAAAGACUUUGAGUCUGUCCUUGUGGACGCCUGCUCCCAUGUAGCAAGUGAAGUGGAUGACGGCUGUAAAAAGCAAAUGGAGAGGCUGCUGAACAUCUGGAAGGAGAGGAAUCUCUACAGAGGUGAUUUCAUUCAGCAGCUCAAACUGGCCAUAGAGGACUCCAGCAGCCCCAGACCCUCAGAAGAGAAAAAGGCUGUAAAACGAAGUUAUCAGAAGAUCCAGGAGGAUGAAGAGGAUGACGACGAUGACUACAGAAACCACACAUCUCCCCGCAACUCGGAUUCCUCGGCGAAUCAGCUGACAGAGGAGCUGGUGAAAGCUCUGCAGGACUUGGAGAACGCCGCAUCAGGCGACGCAGCGGUGCGCCAGAAGAUCGCCUCACUUCCACAGGAAGUUCAGGAUGUUUCCCUCCUAGAGAAGAUUACUGACAAGGAGGCGGCGGACAAGCUGUCAAAAACGGUGGACGAGGCGUGUUUGCUGCUGGCGGAGUACAACGGACGGCUGGCAGCAGAGCUGGAAGACCGCAGGCAGCUCGCCCGUAUGCUGACUGAAUAUAUCAGCAGCCAGAAGGAGGCGCUAGUGGAAAGGGAGAAAAAGCUGGAGGAGUACAAACAGAAACUGGCGCGAGUGACUCAGGUGAGAAAGGAGCUCAAGUCCCACAUCCAGAGCCUCCCGGAUCUGUCACUGCUGCCCAACGUCACCGGCGGCUUGGCUCCGCUCCCCUCCGCCGGAGACCUCUUCUCCACCGACUGAGAGCUGCCAGGCUGAACAGACUCCUGCAACGUCCCUCCUCAGCCGACCUCAGCCCCGUGUUUGAGUAACAAGGACGCUCCUGGCUUUGCCUCCAACACUGGCGGCACAUGUUCUCCCAGACGAGCAGCUUAGUCCACCCGCUAAACUCAACUGGACUAGAAGACAAUGAGAAGAGAAGCAGAGGAGAACAGAGACUCUGCCCGAAAGGAGUCUCUGCCACCAGCCCGGAAGUUUGUGUUCCUGAUUGUUUUUAUUUUCUUUUAAACGGUGAAAGGUUGUUUCAGUUAAAGCCUCAUCACAUGUGAUGCGUUUCCCCAAUUGGUCUAGGUUAUGGCUGCAGGCUGAAGAGGAUAACAUUCGUUAGUUUUAUUUUGUUUUUUGUUUUUCUUGCCUUUUGGUUGGAGGCUUUUUUUUUUAUCAACGCUCGGCCAGAUAAGCAGUUUGGUGCGUGAAAAGAUCAUGUUGGGCUCAGCAGGGGUGGAUUUUUGUUUUCUCACCUGUUACAUCAUAUCUUAAGUUUAGUAACACUUUUAAGUCCGCUUAAACCAGAUGUGUUGAGUAAAACCAUCCAGAUAGAAAUGAACAAAUUAAAAGAUAAAUUCUAGUCUUCUGGUUUUUCACAAAAACAAAAACAGUGUCCAACCCAAAAGUAUUCUUUUUUUGUGUGUUUUUAGGUUUAGAAAUCCGAUCAAUCUGAUUAAGUUCAUUGAUGUGUUAGAUUUGAGUUUUGCUAAAACAAGCUGGACUGAGAAAAUAUUACAAAGUUUUCUUUCAAAGAAUCUGUUUUGUGUGUGCUUGUGUGUAAACGAUACCUGGGAAAUGCUAAAACCUAAAAAUACAGUAUCUUCUGAAAGGAAACAAAGGCCUUAUGUUGCAUGUUUAGAGUUUGGAAAUACGGGGGGAAAAAAUAAAUUUCACUUAUCGAAACUGAGCAGAGGAGCUUAAAAUUCGUCUGACUGGGAAAUAACCUUUAGGACCAUUUCAGCUUUUUUGUUUUGUUUUAAUCCUCAGCCGUACUGAAUUUCUGAGCCUCGAAGGCCUAAAACAAAUACCAAAAUAUUUCCCUUUGGAUGAGAGUCCCUUUUUUAUGUUUUAUUAGAUAUUUUUUUAGAGGAAUAAGAGAGAAUUCAUGUCUUGGUGUAGGGAUGAAGAGAGGGAUGCUGGGAUAGGUGGCGAUGAGGAGCAACUGGAUUUGGUAUUGAAAUUAAGGCCAGAAUGAAAUUUUGCUCUGAUUUUAUUUAUUCCGUUUGGUGUGAUUAUCUUUAAUUGUUCUCUGUGACGGCUACUAUAUGUGGCUAUCUCUGAGGGGUCAUCCACAGCCAGAAAAAAAAACACACACACAGACGUCUUUGACUUUUCAUCAUAGACAAUAAAUUAGUCGAUGCUUUCUGUGGAACAUGACGGCUCCCGCUAACGGAGAGGAAACCAUUUUUUACAAAAAAGGGGUUUGGAAAAGCUGUGAAAGUGAGAAAUGUUUACUGAACUCUGAGCAGAGUCUCCUGGCUGUUUCAGAAGCACAAAUAUAUAUAUAUAUAUUUUUAAAAAAAGGAGAAAGUUAUGGUGAGCAGCUUCAUUUGUUUCCAGACCAAAGUCAUAAACAUGUCUUUGGCUUUAAAAAAAACAACAACUUUAAACUACUGUACACCAGAAAGGAUCCUGGUAACAUUUUACCCCCCAAUUUUCUAAACUUGAUAGUAUUUCAAUAUUUUCCUACCAUCCGGCUGUUGUGUUUCUCUCUAAUGCUAGUCCUGAAAGGAGACGUGGUUUUUCUCUAAGGAAAGUGAUUCAGUGGAUGCCAAUAAAGUGGAACCAUUUGAACAAA